AUGGUCGACGUGUGGGCUGCGAAUGCUACCGGUGUAUACUCUGGUAUCGUGAACCUUGGUAAUGGAAACGGCGAUCCGAGAAACAAGGAGACGACAUUUGGCCGUGGACUCCAGAUGACUAGCAAUGAGAUUGUAGCAAAGUUCACUACUUUCUUCCCGGGUCAUUUUACGAGUAGAACGCAGCAUAUUCAUGUUGCGACACAUCUUAAUGGGGUGAUUUGGUCCAACAAUAACACUUUCCAGGGCUCAACUGUCGCGCAUAUUGGCCAAAUAUUCUUCGACCAAUCCCUGGCAAACAGUAUCGAACGCGACCCUAUCUACCAAGCCAAUAAGCAGCCUCUGACAAAAAAAGCGCAAGAUGGUAUCUUCAUGCAAGAGGCUGCUGUGGGAGACUUAGUCGUCGAAUAUUCGCAUCGAAGCCAGUCUUUCGACGGAGGAAUCUCUGCCUGGCUUGCAUUUGGUAUUGAUACAAAGAGCGAGCACAUUACUGCUGCCGACACUCAUCAUUAA